AUGAAUUCACCUAAUUUGAGAAGUGAAGGAUUAACUCAAGAAUCAUUAAAAUUAACACAAAAUUUUAUAAUAAGAGGAUUAACACAACCACUUCCUGAUGCAUUUCAAAAUGUAGAAAUUGGAAGAAUUACAAUGAUUAUGUUUUAUUUAGGUGCAUAUAAAAUAUUAUUUCCAGAACAACCAAUUAAUAAAGUAAUAGAUACAGAAAAAACUAUUCAAUAUAUAUUAACAUCACUUAGUAUAAAAAGUGAAGAAAAAGAAGUGUUUCAAGGAUUUACAGGAUGUGAAAUGUAUGGAAUAUUUAAACAUGGACAUAUUAGUUAUACAUAUGCAGCACUUGCAUCUCUUUCACAAUUAGGAUAUGAUUUAAGAAGAAUUGAUAAAUCUAAAAUUGUAAAUUCAUAUCAUACAUUAUUUAGAAAAGAAUAUAAAGGAGUAUUUGCAACAAGUCUUGAAGAAGAAGGAGAAUAUGAUAUAAGAUUUAUAUAUUCAUUAUGUGCUACAUGUUAUUUAUUAAAUGAUUGGGGAAAUAUUAAUAAAGAAAUAUUAUUUGAAUUUAUUAUGAAUUGUAGAAGUUAUGAUUUUGCAUUUGGUCAAAUGCCAAAAAGAGAAAGUCAUGGAGGAUCAACAUAUUCAUUUACAGAAAAUUGUGUAUCAAAAAGAUUUGGAGGAAUUAGUAAAAAUCAAGAAGCAAUGCCAGAUCCAAUGCAUACAUUUUGUUCAUUAACAGGAUUAUCAUUAAUUGGAGCAUUACCAGUAAAAUAUACAAUUGAUUCAAGAAUAGGAAUUGAAAAACCAUCAUAUCUUUGA